UUCCCUCAAAAUGGCAGCUUGAACACUACUACUAGGUGAUACAAAACUUCCCCCUUUCCCCAGCAGUAAACUGAAAGCCUGCUCCAAGUCCAAGAACAGGUCUUUCCAAUUCCCAGUUUCCAUUCUUGGGCAGCAAAAUCCCUCGUAAACAUUAAACCUUUGUCACCCUUAGGCAAAAUCUUUUUCUUGAGAAGCCAUGUUAAACCUUUCUCUUUCUCCUGCAGGAUUUAGUGUUAAAUUACAAAACCCUACUAAAACCUCCUCCCCUUAUCCCUAUCACCAUCAACCUCUCUCUUUUUCUUCCUCCUUCAAUAAUACCAUUCUAAUUAGCCCCUUAAAUUCCAACACAAAAAGCUCAAAAGCCUUUCCCAGAAACCUUUCCUUAACAUGCCGCCAUUCUGAACACUUUGAACCUCAACAGCAACAACAGCUGCAGCAGGGGGCAUCUACGCCUAAGGUUUAUGUUGGAUACUCAAUAUACAAAGGGAAGGCAGCUCUCACUGUCGACCCUCGGCCUCCAGAGUUCUCACCUUUAGACUCAGGGGCCUUCAAGCUGUCAAGAGAGGGUUUCGUGCUGCUUCAGUUUGCACCUGCUGCUGGUGUUCGCCAAUAUGAUUGGGGUAGAAAGCAGGUCUUCUCAUUGUCUGUGACUGAAAUGGGAUCUCUUAUCAGCCUUGGGGCAAAAGAUUCAUGUGAAUUUUUCCACGAUCCAAACAAAGGAAGAAGUGAUGAAGGUAAAGUCAGGAAGGUGUUGAAGGUUGAGCCACUUCCGGAUGGCUCUGGUCACUUCUUUAAUCUCAGUGUUCAGAACAAGCUUAUCAAUUUGGAUGAGAACAUUUACAUCCCUGUUACAAAGGCAGAGUUUGCAGUUCUUGUCUCAGCAUUCAACUUUGUUGUGCCAUACCUUUUAGGUUGGCACACUGCUGUGAAUUCCUUCAAGCCUGAAGAUGCCAGCCGUUCGAACAAUGCAAAUCCAAGAUCAGGUGCUGAUUUAGAAUGGAGUAGAUAGUUCUGGCGGGAUAAAAUACGUUGUCUGUACUAUGAUUGAGGAGCAGGAUGUUGUUUGGCCCUUUGAUCAAAAUUUUGUAUGACCCUCUUUAAUUAGCGCCCUCCAGUGAUUCAACCAGGUUUUUUUAUUGGGAGUGCUUUCCCAGAAGUUUCGGCGAUAGUUGUAUUAAGCCUCUUUUGGUAAUGCUGAUUUAGUGUAGUUGUUUUGUGUCUAGGUGUGUUUAUUAUAUAGCCAUAUUGCAGCGGCGAUUCCCAUUCACUGUUUAUUCUGUUGAAUGUGAAAUCAUCUAGUUUUUGCCAA